GUAGAAACCUCAUCUGAAAAAAAAAUAGUGCUAUCCCGUUAUUGGAACGCAGUGGCGUAUACGCAGUCUUGUAUAUGACCUGUUGAAGAACCAGAGUUGAGAACUUUCUCUGGAAGUUAAACCGGAGAAACGCGCUGUUGCUGACGGAAUUACAACGUCUAGCACUUGAAAUUUUUCACAGCAUGAUGAGAACUUCCAACCUUCUGCGCUGGACAAACAACACGAAAAAUGGCAGCAAUAACAAAAGCAACAACAAAAAUUGGAUUCACACACCGGAAUCUCUCAUGCAUGGCCACAUUGCCUACCUAGUCAAGUUUUUGGGAAACACGGAUGUUGAACAUCCUAAAGGAAUUGAAGUAGUGAAAGAAGGCAUUCGCAAGCUGCGCUUUUCUCAACAGCUUCGCAAAGCCGAAGGCCAACGAACCCCAAAAGUUGAGUUGACCGUCUCUGUUGAUGGUGUCGCUAUUCAGGAACCUAAAGGAAAACGAAUUCUUCAUCAAUAUCCUCUUCAUCGUAUUUCGUACUGUGCGGACGAUAAGGCUGAAAAGAAAUUUUUUAGUUUCAUUGCUAAAGAAGAGGAUUCUGAAAAGCACACAUGUUUCGUUUUCGUUAGUGAUAAAUUAGCCGAGGAAAUCACUUUGACGAUUGGCCAAGCUUUUGAUUUAGCUUACCGCCGAUUUCUGGAGAGCAGUGGAAGAGAAGUUGAAGGACGUCGACAAGUGAGUCAACUGCAAGAAAAACUUGAUAACUUGGAACGCCAAAAUCAAGUUCUUCGUCGUCGUCUUCUCGAGUUGAGCAACUUGGUUGACAAUAACAAGUUGGCCGGAUUUUUGGAAACUGAAGGGGUUACAAAUGUAUUGGAUGUGUCCAUCGACUCCGACAAUUUGUCUUCAUUGAACGGAUCUAGUACUAACCGGUCGACUAAUGGUGGAAACCAGGACGAAACGUUAAUCAACUUUCAUUCGAAUGAAAGACCCAAUACGGUGCAGCAAAUUAACAACCAAUACCCGAAUCUUCCUCCAGUUCCACCGCGAUCCUUUGAAGCCAAAGGAAUUAAAUCUGAUGUCGUAGGAGCAGAAGAUCUCUUCGGGGAAAGUGAUGACGACUUCGAUCCUCGCGCCAGCGACACAAUUAUCAACAAUAAUGCACGCAACGUUACCAUAGAUAUGCCUUUGGGAUUCCUUUCAACGUUACAACCCAAAAUCGAAAAGAAAAACGAAAACACUUCGAACGAGAAAGACAUUUUUGGAGCGGAGCCGUUUGGAGAUAGCAGUACCGACCCCUUUGGGAUGGCUGAUUUCGGGCGAGUAGUGUCUCAAACCGACCAAGAAAUGAAUUUGAAUACGGGGGUUUUGAAUCGCCGCAUGACUGAAAUGCAAGAAGGUUUCACCCGAGGAAUUUCGUUUGAGGGCGACGAUUUUAACUUGGAAAGCCUCGACAAAUUCGAUCCCCUACGUCUAUAAAAGACGUGUAAAAGAAGUAGUGGUCUACUUGCAAAUUGGAGAAAAAAAGAACGAUACGACGCAUUUAAAGCCCCUCCCAAAAAGCUAAAGAAAGGGUUCUUGCAUUCCAAAAGGUUAAAAAUCAUUAUAGUAGAGUUAUUUCUAAUAGCGUCAUGCCAUGCAGUGUUGGUCAUGUCGUUGAUUAGUUAACCGCUGUUUACUCUACCUUUUUUUUAUUAUUGGUGACAUAUUCCCCUAUUUUUGCUAUACAUUCCUUGAAGCAUUUUUAUAGCACUGAGAAGAAAAUUGCUUCCAGCGACAGCGAAAAUGUACAUUGGUUGUCACACUAUAGGUCAAUGGGCCCAUUAUUUUUUAUCGGUGGGACGCCAUGUAAAGAAACUCCUCGACUUCGCUGUUGUGCUUUUACUAACGUUGUAGCUUUACUUUAUUCCAAACCUUUAAAAAGUUGGAUAACAUCAGUAUUGACUGACAUUUAAAAAUUUUAAACCAAUAAGACAUCACGGUUACAGAACAAUCUACAUAGGAAGCAUGUCUCUUUACUUUUUAUUAUGUACUAUUGCAAAACGAUCUAAUAUCAUGUGAAAAACCGAAGGUUCUAAGAAAACGAAAUAUAUAUUUAGCAACCUUACAAGGUUAAUUUGGUUACUUUCCAUGGGUUGUUUGAAUUUUCAUAGAUAACACUGUACUUAUUACUCACUCUCGAUGCUUUAUGAAAUGUUAUCAAGAACUCAAUACAAAAUUAUACUGUGA